AUGGUUUCCUACCCAGACUCCCAGGUUGGGAGCGCCGUCAGCGCCGAGCGCUCCAGCUCGCUCACCAUCCGCCGUCCGCCCUCGGCCGCCUCGCAUUCCUCACGCACAUCCACCAUCCGGCGACACCGCCCACACCGCUCGGGCGGGUCCAGCUACGGAGGGAGCAGCGUCGGGCCGCAAAACGAGUUUCCAGUCUUUACACACACGGGCGAUGUCGAAAUCCUAGUCAGCAACGGGCGCAAGGAGAACCGCUACCUGCUGCACAAGCUGAUCCUCACGCAAUGCUCGGGCUUCUUCGAGGCUGGCACCAGCGAGGAGUGGUCGGGCGCUGCAGAGUGCAGUGUGGCGCAGAACAUGAGCGCAGCCGCGCUGGCCAGGAAUCCCUCAGGCUCGCGGCAGGAUAGGAAGAGAUGGCGCUACGAGCUGGACUGGGGCGGCGGCGACGACGACCUGCCCAUGCUGGUGCAAAAGAGAGCCCAGCCCGCACUCAGCACAAUGUUCAGCGGCGAUGGCACACACCCACCUCCCGCGCGCAACAAGCCUAUAGCCCCUUCGUCAGGCUUCCUCCGCAGCAUGACCAACAUCUCCACCGCCCAACUCUCCACCUCGACGCCCGCUCCCACACCCGCCGAUCCUGACGACUCCACCUUCCGCGACUACGACAACCUCUUCCGCAUCUUCUACAACUACGCACCCGCCCUGGACGCUAUAAACAUUGCAAACGCUUAUGUGGAGUGCAAGGCAUUGCUGCAAUUGGCCGACAUGUAUGACGCUAUCGGCGUCAUAGGCCCGAGGGUUGACCACCACUUGCUGAGGUUUCAGGGACGGCUGUGGAAGCAGAUCGCAAAGUACCCGCCGAGCUACCUCAAACUCGGCUACAUGGCGCGAUCCAAGGCUAUUUUCGCAGAAGCCAUGGUCCACGUUGUCGGGCAGUGGCCUGCCGCUCUCCCACAACUUCGAAAUCAGGUCCCAGACGCAGUGCUAGAUCUAAUAGAAGACAAGGUUGAGGACAUGGACGAGCUGAAGAGCAAAAUUGAGGUCAAGCUGUUCAGACUAAGCUUGACAACAAGUCGAGGCGAGCGCGUAAGCCCGAGCAGCAACUGGCUCGACUGGAUGGCCGUGUCGCUCUUCCGCCAGUGGCUCGCUGAAAACACGACGCCGCCGCCAGCUCCGAUCCUCAAAAGCCCUCGCAACGGCCCCGCGACACCGCGUCCAGAUCUCUCCGCCAACUUCAACACGGGGCGCGUCUUCCGACUCCUGGGUCAAGGUGGGCCCAGCUAUCUCAACCACGACGAGUGCAAGCGUUUCCUCCGCCUGCAGCACGACCAGUACAACCGUGAGAACCUGAAGCGCUUCGAGCGGCGCAUCGAGGAGGUCAAGAACAAGGCAAAGGACGCUGUCAAACCCCUCAUGCGCAACUUCCUCGAACUAGACCUCAGGGAGGGAGGACUGCCGUAUUUGACCUGCACGCGCGUAGAUCCGCAGGAUUUUCCGUGGGACGAGAUAUAG